AUGGGAAACGCAGGGAGUAUAGUUGGGCGAGGUUGUCUACUAUCUGCACUGGGAGGCGAUCGAGCCCUUGUCGCAUUUCGAGGCGACGUCUCGUUCAGAAACCUCACAGCUCACGAAUAUAACCUCAAUAUCCCUGUGACACCAGUAGCCAUCACCUUCCCCAAGACCGCAGGGCAGGUUGCUGAUAUCAUAAAAUGCGCUGUUGAACACGACUACAAGGUUCAAGCAGUGAGUGGUGGUCACAGCUAUGGAAACUAUGGGCUUGGAGGUAUAGACGGUGCCGUCGUCGUUCAUCUCAGAAACUUCCAGCAGUUUUCGAUGGACGAGACGACCCACAUGGCCACAAUUGGAGCAGGAACUCCCCUAGGUGACGUGACAGAAAAGCUUUACCGUGCUGGGGGGCGGGCAAUGGCCCAUGGCGUCUGCCCACAAGUAGGUGUUGGGGGGCAUUUCACCAUUGGAGGGCUUGGUCCUACAUCACGCCAGUGGGGAAGCGCACUGGAUCAUGUUGAGGAAGUCGAAGUUGUUCUGGCAAACUCAAGCAUUGUGCGAGCCUCCAGCACGCUGAAUCCCGACCUCUUCUUUGCAGUCAAGGGGGCUGCCGCCAGUUUUGGGAUCGUGACUGCGUUCAAGGUUCGAACACAGCCUGCACCUGGUUUGGCUGUACAGUACCUCUAUUCCCUGAGUCUAGGCAGUACGGUUGAGAGAGCGAAGUUGUUCCGUGAAUGGCAAAGAUUUGUAUCAGAUCCAAGUCUGAGCCGAAAAUUCUCUUCGGUACUCACUGCAAUUGAACAUGGUAUCAUACUUUCCGGGAUAUUCUAUGGCUCAAAGGCAGAAUACGAUCAGCUGGGCAUUGAGCAGCGUCUUCCGAUCACAGAGCCUGGCACUGUGGUGGUCUUGACGGACUGGCUUGGUAUGCUCGGGCACGCUGUGGAAGAACUCGCCCUGGGUAUAGGUGGAGACGUCUCAACAUACUUCUAUGCAAAGUCAACUGCUAUCACUUCAGACGAUUUGAUCUCCGAACGUGGCAUAGGUGAACUGUUCUACUAUCUGGAUAACAUCCAAAAGGGCACUUUGACUUGGUUCAUCUCGUUCGACCUACAAGGAGGCGCAACGAACGAUUUCCCUGCAAACGCUACCGCAUAUGCGCAUAGAGACGUGCUCUACUGGGUUCAGUCGUAUGGAGUCAAUCUUCUCGGUCCUGUUUCUCAAACCACUGUCGAUUUCUUGAAUGGUAUCAAUGAAAUCAUACGACAAUCUGUCGCUGGGUCUGAGGUUCAUGCUUAUCCAGGUUAUGUGGACCCUCUAAUGCCUGAUGCUCAGAAAGCCUAUUGGGGUCUGAACUUACCCCGAUUGCAAAAGAUCAAGGCUAUUUUUGACCCCAGUGAUGUUUUCCACAACCCUCAAAGCGUGAAUCUAGUACAGGUCUGA